AUGUUAAAAACAGAUGAAAACAUUUGGCAAACUGGCUAUCCUGAAUGUGGUUUAACAAAUCAGUCUCCUAUUGAUAUCACUUCAAAUGUUCUCGUAUCAAAUGCCAGUCUGCGAAUUGACUUUCUAGGCUACAACCAGUUGAUCAGUCAGUUUGAUGUGUCUAACACAGGCCAUGCAAUUCAAUUUAGUUACGUUGGGGAACCAUCAGAGGCGCCCCAAAUAACUGGAACUGCUUUAUAUGGAGACACGUUAACUCUUUCACAAUUGCACUUUCACUGGGGACAAGCCGAUAAUGCUGGUUCUGAGCAUCGAAUCAACGGAAAGCCGUUUGAACUAGAGAUUCAUUUGGUGCAUUAUAACCGAGACAAAUAUCCAACUUUCAAUGAUGCACUAAACGCUCACAAUGGCGUAGCUGUUGUGGCAGUUUUUUACAUGAUUGACGAAAAAAAUGUCGAAGAACUGGACAACAUUGUUGAAAUG